UAAAUAUUAAUGUAAUUCUGUUGAGAGCAAAGGGAAGGGUAGUAAAAGCUGAAACCCCAAAUCUUGUGCAGAGCUCUUGCAAUGGCUUUAAUGGCAGAGGAUAUAGACAGAUUGAGUGAAUUGUCAGAUGAAAUUCUGUGCCAUCACAUUCUCACGAAACUUCCCCUGAAAGAAGCAGUUGCUUCCUCUCUGCUUUCUACCAAAUGGAGGUGGCUCUGGACUCGUCUGCCCCGGCUAAAUUUUUCUAGCGAAUUUUGCGCAUCCCUUCGAAAUAAAACUAAGAUAAAUUCCAUUAUGAAAAAGCUCAUCCUCAUUAAUCCCGGGGAACUGGAAAGCUUUGAGCUUCACAUUACUGACCAUUUCGCCCAACCUGACAAUAGGGGUUAUCACGCUUACGCUCAGUCUGACACUAAGGUUCUCGUCUUCUUUCGUAAAAUGUCUGCAUGCAUUAGCUAUGCAGCUCUGAGAAAUGUUAAACAACUUACUCUUAUCACCUAUAACCGGAGAAUUCGUUCCAUGCCAAGUUCUGUUUUUAGCUGCCACCGUCUCACGUCUCUAAUUCUCAACAAUCUCGACACAAAAUGCAAUCCCACCCAUUUUGGUGGGUUUCCAUGUCUGAAAGUCUGCUCCUUUAGAAGUAUUGACCUUUGUGAUGCCAUUCUUGAACACCUGUUAGCCGGAAGUCCGCAUCUUGAGAGUUUGACGGUGUCUGGUUGUGUUGGACUUAUUAAUUUAACGAUUUGCUGCCCCUUUCUCAAUGAUCUCAGCAUUGAAAUAGGCAGGAAAGAGAACGACAUGUUUCAUUCAACCGAUCUUGCUUAUGUGCCAAACAUUGUGAGACUGAAUUGCCCACAAUUGCUCAACCUCAAACUGGAAAGAAUUCCCUCAUGGGAGGACAAGUUGAUGUUGUUAAAGAAGAUGGCCGUGGAGAUUAAUUUGCCUGCUUGUAGGGGUCUGUCUACAAACCUAGUUUGUGUAAAAGAAGUUCUCGAUAGCUUCCCCACUCUGGAAUACCUCUCCAUGGAUGCCCACUGCUUUCUGGAUUAUCUGGAAUCUUUUCUUGUACGAAAGUUUAAUGAGACCAGACAAGGUUCGGCACUUCUAGAAGAAAAACUGAGGAGAGUGCAGUUGAUUACAUCAGAAUUUGGUGAGAUGGAAUUGACUUUGCUUAGUUGCAUUUUGCAGAAUUGUCCUUUGUUAGAAACAGUGACACUUUCUCCACCAUCUCACCAAACAAAAAUCAGCCUUGAUCUCAUCUUUGUGGAUAAACUGUUGGGUUUACAAAGAUCUUCUGCAAAAGCAAGAAUAUUCAUCACACAAUUGAAAUGAAGAAUGAUACAUGGAAGGCGAUUGUUGGAUGCUCUUACAUGCAUAGAAAGAUUUGAGGCAUUUUUUGCAUUUAUAAAUUAAUGAUUUUGAUUUUUCUCCAUGUUUAUAUUAAGUUCCUUAAAAACAUUCGCAAAAACAAAAUGCAAAAUUCCUUUUUCUUCCAGGCACUUCUAUUUUGGCCUAAUGUUUUUUUGUCUCGACUACUAUUGUAUCUGUAAAUUGAGCAUUCAUAUCAUAAAAGAUGCCGCAAACAGUAUGUGGGGUAUUAGUUUUCACAUAUAUAAAAUUAAAUGUCCUGGCCUGCUUUAUAUAA